CAGACAGGAAGUUGACUUGGAUGCGAUUCAUUGUAAGACUAUGGCGAAAGAUGUUCGAGUCGAGAUCGAUUUAGAAACGUUGAACUUUGACACAAAACGCCCCCGACGCCGAAUUUCAAGCCGAGCGUUUCGAUAUACACAAAUUGUGUCAUGGCUUUCCCCCAGCCUAAGCCCCAGGCCCCCCAGCUCCCCCAGCAUCUGCUGAGGGCCGUAGACUGCCAGCAAGGGGCGGUGAGGGCUGUCCGCUUCAAUGCUGAUGGGAACUACUUGCUGUCCUGUGGCAGUGACAAGUCACUGAAGCUGUGGAGUGUGAGCAGGGGAACCCCGUUGAAGACCUACAGCGGCCAUGGAUACGAAGUCCUUGAUGCUGAUGGUUCCUAUGAUAAUAGCCAGCUGUGCUCCUGCAGCUCUGACAAGACAGUCAUUCUAUGGGAUGUCGCCACUGGACAGGUCACGCGCAAACUCAGGGGUCAUGCCGGGAAAGUCAACUGUGUUCAGUUCAAUGAGGAGGCAACUGUCAUUUUUUCUGGGUCCAUAGACGGGACGGUUCGGUGCUGGGACACCAGGUCCCGAAGGUUUGAGCCCAUCCAGAUUCUAGAAGAGGCUCGAGAUGGCAUCAGCAGUGUUAAAGUGGCCCAACAUGAGGUGUUGACAGGUUCAGUGGAUGGGAGAAUCAGGCGAUAUGACCUGAGAAUGGGACAACUGCAUGUGGACUUCAUCAACAGCCCCAUCACUUGUGUGUGCUUCAGUCAGGAUGGCCAGUGCACACUGACCUCCAGCUUGGAUUCAACGGUCAGACUGCUGGACAAGAGCACUGGAGAGAUGCUGGGAGAGUACACAGGACACAAGAUGAAGGGCUAUAAGCUGGACUGCUGCCUCUCCAGCAAGGACACCCAUGUCCUCAGCUGCUCAGAGGAUGGACAUGUCUACUGCUGGGACCUAGUGGAGGGGUCUUUGUCAUUGAAACUCCCAGUGGGGAAAGCGGUCGUCCAGUCGCUGUCCUUCCACCCGACGGAAACCCGUCUACUUACGGCCAUGGAAGGGUGCGUUCAGGUGUGGGGGGCAGAGCCGGAUGAAACGGAGGACGAGAACGCAACCGACACGUAAAAUGAAGUUAAAAUGAUGGCCGUCGCUUUAAGCCGCCCCAGCUGGAAGGAGCGGACGUGUCUCUGGUGAGAAAUGGCCUUCGCAGAUACGCACAAAGUCCCUCUCUACCAGUCUCUCUCUCUAUAUAUGUCUGUUUUCACCGCCGAAAAGGUUUCAGGACUCGUCUGUUUACGACGCGGUGACGGCAGUAGGGUGGGUCUGUACGGAUAGCAACAUGACAGUUUGACAAGGAAAUGACAAGUACAGUGGUGAAUGGUCUGCAGGAGUUAUGAGGAUGCGGGAUGUGAUUGAUAAGAGUAAAUUACAAGUCGUACGCAGGUGUGCACCAUGCAAGCGUUUUCCUGCCCGGCCCUGCCUUUCUGUCUGCGGUUGUAGUUUUAACUCACUUCUUGUCAUCUUGACCGUAGCCCGGACACAGUGCUGGGUUUAGACAUAAAGGUCUGUAUUUGUGUCCGAGCAUUCACACAUCAUCAUGUGUGUGUGUACAAAUGCACGCUUAUGUUGCGAAACAUGUUGUGUAUGACUUAAAAUAAACAUUUUUCUAUGUAAA